AUUUCCUCUUCAUUUCAAUCGUUCUCUGAUUACAAAUCCCUCAGCAUCGAUGGAAGCUCAACGCAGAAGAAGGAAGAAGCUCUCUGAUCGCAGCAACACCCUUGUACCCGUCGGCUCCUCUGCAAGCUGUUCUUCCACUUCGUCUUCCUCUUACCUUCUCAAGAAACCCUUGAAAUCGUUUCCCUCCUCUUCGCAGCUUCUCCAUUCCCGCGACAAUCCGAAUCCCACUGAGACCCAUCUCGAUAAGGUUCCAUCCACGGCCGGAUCCACUACCAGCGCGGUUCUAGGACCCUCCACUUCCACGCCUGCUCGCCCACAGCGCAAUCAAUCCUCGACCGUCGGUGGCGAUGAUGUUUGGGAGCCGUCUCCGGUUUAUGUUCGGAGGAAGUCCGGAAGCAAAAGGAAGGACAAGGAGAAGGCAAUUGAUGUGCCGGCUAUAAAGAGUCAGUCUAGCAGGGACAAAGCAAUUGAAGAUGGAGGUGCUGGUCAGUCCAAAUCAUUGCUGGUACCUCAUAAAAAGAUGUCUGGACAUGGAAUGGGUAAAUCGGAUAUGAUUAAGGUGAGAAAUAAGGAGAGAAUGGAAGGUCGUGCUUGUAAACUUACGGCGACUGGUAGGAAGGAAAAUGAAGAAAAAAAUCCACCUAAGGUUAGAAGGAAGAAGAACAAGGCGGAUGUAGUGCAUCCUGACGACCACCCUAUUGUGGGGCAGUUGUCUCUUAGUCGAGGUACUCCCAGUACUCCUACACCAGAUAGCGCACCGGUAUGGCAGGCUAAUUGGAGUGAUUCCAUUGACGAGGAUGAUGAUGAUGACGGUGAUGCUGAGGUUGGGAAUGCCCCAGAUGCUGGUGAUGAUGCUGGUGAUCGUGCUGGUGAUGCUGAGGUUGGGGAUGCCCCACCUCAAGCUGAUUUAGGCGUGGGGAAGAUGGCGCGGAUCGGGAUAUCUUCUACUGCCUCCUCCCACUUCCGUGGGCCCGAUGGACGCUAUGCGUCCAGACCUAGUAACGAGGAUGCCGAAGAUGGAAAUAGGAAGAGGAAGACCACGAGGAAAGAUAUGUCGUGGUUUCUUACAGCCGAGUCUCCGAUGUGUUCAGGUGGACCAGUGAUUCCCGAUGUGAUCCCUAACUUUGGAGGUCACAUUGGCUUUGUACUGUGGACUUCCCCUGAGCAGGACCGUGGAGUGUUGGACGGCUUCCAUAGGCCGAAAGCUGUAGAGACUUUGAGGCGAUAUAAGUGGAGUGCAGAGGGUUCCAAGGAGAUGGUUGAAGCCACAGGAUUGUCUCACUUGACAGGGUGCAUGAUGCAGCAUUUAGACAUGUCUCUAUUGUCGGCAUUUGUGGAGAGGUGGCAGCCGGACACAAACACCUUCCACAUGCCGUUUGGAGAGAUUUCGAUCCUUCUACACGAUCUGCAUCACAUUCUUCGGAUACCGGUUGACGGAGAGCUGAUGGGAGAUGAGGCCUCGCCGGAUACUCUUAAGUCAGACAUGGGUGGUCUAGUUCGACUUUCGGUGGAUGCUCAGGUUGGUGGUAAGUGGAAGUCUAAGUGGUACGAUAAUGGUGCUAUGCAUGCAGAGGGAUUGUUGGUGCGUGGGGGAGAGCUGAAGAUUAAGGAGAUGGAGGUGCAGUGUUACCUAUUUGUGUUACUGGGAUCCACGCUUUUUGUGGAUAAGAGUCGUGAUCGCCUUCGUCCUGCGAUCAACUUGUUUCUGAAGGAUCAUCGACGAUUGACUGAUUACGCUUGGGGAGCUGGUGCACUAGCCUAUCUCUACAGACAGUUGGGAGUGGCCACACGAGCGGGUAGUAAGAGUCUUUGUGGUUGUUUGACCCUGCUUCAGGCUUGGAUAUAUGAGUACUUUCCUCUAUUCCGUCCGAGCCAGCUGCCGCAGUCUCCGGAUGCACCUCGUGCUUCCUCGUGGAUUUCUCCCCGUUUGCCAGGUGGGGAUGAGGCUAGACAGAGGUUAGCACGUUAUCGACAGUUGUUGGAUGAGCUUUCAGCUGAUGAUGUGACCUGGACUCCGUACGGACGAGAUGGCCACACAGAUAUACCUCGCUCCUUGUAUACUGGCCCCAUUCGCUUUUCUGACAUUGCUGAGGGAUACGAUCCUGCACGUUGUCUGCGCCAGUUUGGAUACCGACAGAUUAUCCCAUGUGCUAUGACGGUACCACAUGACCAGUACCGUCCGGCUUCCGGCAGCAGUUACAUAGUCUAUUGGGAUUCGUGGGUGAAUCAGUUGUGGGAUAACGUGGCAGCCCGUCGUCUAGAUUUGAAUUUUGCUUCUCGGCCGUGCGAGCACCCAUCGGAGACUGUGGAAGAGUACGUUGACUGGUUUCUGACUAGAUCGCACCCACGGAUCACCCACCCCACUGAUGGGGUGCCUCAGCCUCGACCACUACUAGUUCAUCAGGUUUUGAGAGAGCAGAUUGUGGAUCGUUUAGGUCCCGUGUUGCUGACGAGGGACCGGAGUAAGUGGGAGGAGGACGGUGGUAAGUUCUAUGAUAUGGUAGCUGAGGUUCACGAGUUGUACGACCAGUUGGUAGGGCAGCCGCCUCAGUAGACGAUUGUGUUUUUUUUUGUCAUCGUUUGUAGUUGAACUGAGACUAUUGUGUUUUUUUAUUUGUCAUCGUUUGUAGUUGAACUGAGACUAUUGUGCUUUUUAUUUGUCAUCGUUUGUAGUUGAACUGAGACUAUGGUGUGUUUUAUUUGUCAUCGUUUGUAGUUGAAUUGAGAC